AUGAACGGCGGCGCCAUGUCUCCGUCGCCUGCUUCUAGAAGCUUCCGAGGGCGGCAAGAAUGGGAGAAGAGCCCUGCGCGGUGCGGCGCUGAGCAGACCCUGGACUUGGAGCAGGAAUACCUGGUCCAGCUGUGCCAGGCUCCCUGCCUAGGCCCGAAGCACAAUGGCUCCAGCCGCUCGGUCACCGGCCUGAAGGGAGCGAGCCAGACGGUGGAAGUUAAACCACCACUAAGCCCGCCUCUUCUCCCCCACUUCCACGGCCGUCACCAUUGCCACUCCUCCACGAUCUCGCCAGCCGAUAAAGAUGAAGCUCCCAAAGUGGAUGAAGAAGCCCACGACCACGAGGUUGGAUCCCCCUCCGGCCGCCAGCACUGCCAGGAUACUCCACCUUGGCGGAACCUUGCGCGUGCCCUCCCGCUUCCUCCACCUCCGCAGCCGCCACAUUACAAGGCCUUCGUGAUGAACUACAACAUGCAGAACAUGAACAAGGAGUUACCUGAACUCUUCUCCAUGCUAAAAUCUGCUGAGAUUGAGAUACAGAAAGAGCACCAAGUGUUGAUGGUCAACAAGACCACCAGUUUCAAGAAGCAAGGAAAACCUAAGAAGGGCAACAUCAAGAAGGGCGGCAAGAAAGCUGUCGCGCCUCGUGAGAAGCCUAAGGGUGGCCCUAAACCUGAUACUGAGUGCUAUUACUGCAAUGGGAAGGGGCACUGGAAGCGUAAUUGCCCCAAGUACUUGGCUGAUCUGAAGAGCGGCCUUGUCAAGAAGAAGAAAGGUAUAUCUGAUAUACAUGUUAUAGAUGUCUAUCUUACUGGUUCUCGUACUAGUGCCUGGGUAUUUGAUACUGGUUCGGUUGCUCACAUUUGUAACUCGAAACAGGAACUACGGAAUAAACGAAGCCUAGCG